CAACUUUUUAAUCAUAUUCUUUAUGUUAUAUUACAUCAUAAGGCAUCAAUGUAUUACAAUAUAAUAGAUCUGUUAACUUAAUAUUAUUAUUAUUAUUAUUAUUAUUAUAUACAUUAGUAUUACUGUUCUAAAAGAUUCGUAUUAUUUAAUUAUAAUGUUAUUAAAUCAUGAUCAGUAGAUAAUAACACAUUUUUCCCUCUGGGAUACCCUUCUGGCUGAGCCUUUCUGCAUACAUUAAACAGAAUUCAAAUAGUUUCUUUUUAACAGAUCACAAAUAAACUUGGGAAAAAAAAGAUUAGGCCCUGAUAAUAAUUCAAUCUCUUUUCCUAAAAUUGUCAGCUACUGUUAUUAUCAUUCCGGUGUGUUAGAGGAAUCUAUUGUCUCCAGGACUGCUUUACAGUUGCAAAGAUUGGUAUGUGUUACAUAUAUAAUUUUUAGCAACUCUCAAAUGAGUUGUUCGAAGAUUCAUCUUGCCAAACCCCUUCUUGGAUGAUGCUGCUCUGAUUGGUCGCAGUUGCACAUUACUCUUAUGUUUACAGUGGAAAGGGACAACAGUGUGUGGUGCUCGCAUCUUUCUCAUUCUUUAUAAUAAUGAAACAUUGUUAUAUUAAUAAAGCCUUAAAAGGAAAAAGUUGCUUAACACAUACGUUAAUGAACCGGGCCCACAGCCUGGUAGUAAACACCCAAACAAUAACGACAUGGGUUAGCCAAACAGACACAGAGAUAAAAUAUUGUAGUUUCUAAACCAAAUUAUUGCUCUCUUUCAUCAUGAGUCCAAGUAAUUAUAUUAAUCAAUACAUUUAUAGACAAUAACAGAUAAGCAGAACUAUAAACGUGAGUUAGCCUCUUAGCUUGAGGCUGAGUUAGCAGGUUAGCUUGAGUGCACACAACACAAGGUACAAAACUCAUAUUUAGCAGACCCUAAAAGCAACACUUAUUAAUCAUACUUACAGGUUGUGAUUCAGAUGAGCAAUCUGGUCCAAAUAAACUAGGCACUAACCCAUCUUUCAUAUUUAACCCCAUUUUCAGAUUAGAGAAGCAGUCAUCAGUGACAGAUUAAUUUUAUGUUGACAGCCUCCUCCUUUGGAGGUGAAAAUUAACCAGAUUCAUGGUGGUACAAACUACAUUGAGCGUAUUGCCCCUUACGAAAAUUAACCAUGGUUUUAUUGCGGUAAAAGUGUAGUAACCAUGUUUUUUUUUUGUGUAUUGAUUACUAUCAGCAAAACCAUGGUUUUACUACACUAACCAUGGUCUAACCGUCAAAACCAUGGUUAUUUUGUGGUUACCAUGGUUUUACUACAGUAACCAUGUUUUUUUUUUUUUUUUUACUGUAGUAAAACCAUGGUUAAUUUUCGUAAAGGGCGGGUCGUAUCGUAGCAACUUUACGGAAAAGGGAUUCAAACUAUGGACAGAUCGUUCCAGUCUACUCUUUUUUUUGAAAGCCAAUAACUUGAGAUAUGGUUCACUUUUAGGUUUGUAGCUUUUGCAGACUGUUUACAUUCACUUACCACAUUACACACUACAUAAAAGGUAAUUUUCGCAAUAGUAUAAUGUGCUCUUUAAUAAUUUGUAUGAGACCAGGACACUGAAGAAGGCAGAGUUAAUUAUGAGAGAUCCAAGCCAUUGCAGCCUCUACUCGUGGAUAUUAUCUGCCAUUAUGUCAGACUAGAUUAAAAAAUUCUUUUGAACUAGCUGUCAUAAGUUUUUUUAAUUAUUCUAGGUAAAUUAAUUAUGGAAGUCAUUUUUUGUCUGUGUGUUGUCUGUCUGUCUUGUUGAUUGCAUGGUUUAGGCCUACUGCAGGCUAGGAAACAAAUAGCCACAUAAUACAGUAGACCUUACCUUAAAGGUAGGGUAACACAUUUUGAAAAAUGCUAACGCUGCCUAGCAAUGAAAUCGCGAUCCCGCCCUCAAGUCAAAUAGCCAUCCAAAGUCACGCCUCUUUCAAAACACAUGAACACGCACAGAUCAGACGGUCACGUCUCAUGUCUCAUUCACCAGUGAGAAAACUUUGCAGUACAAAGUGAAUAACACUUCCAAAAUAACCAACAUAAACAACUGGUUUACAUCAGAAUUAGUUUAAGCACACGUUCGGUUGUGUAGACGUAGUAACAAUAUUGUUACGCUAAUCCGUAAACGAACACACAUUUCAUAAGCAACACAAUGUUUCAUCAAAGUAGAAUAUCUGAAUCCAUCUCAAUACAAACAUAUUGCGUACCUACCUUACCAAAAUAAACAGUGCAACGACCCUUUCAGACCCUUUGCCUCCUGCAGCUGUUUCAUCUCGUCGUAAAGCAGUAAAGUUACCGAUGUUAAUUAUGGUUUUUGCUCUUUGCUGAUCCAGGCAGUUUUUGCUGUUGUUGUUAUAAAAGAUGUCUUUCGUUUUGUGACUCCUGUACAGGUUGUCAAUUCAGCAGAAAAGUUUGCUGUUCGCUGUUUACAGACAGGAGGUGAGCGCACGUGAAUGUGCCGAUGACGUAUGGUGUCUGCGUGGACUCGCUGCACGGUGGGCAUUCAAAUUACGCUUACGUAUGAGGGACAAAAAAGGAAACGUCCGUUCGGACCGAAAUCUAUGAUUGGUUGAAAAUGUUUUGGUCCUACGCCUUUCACAGAUGACAUAAAUUUCUACAAAUACAUUUAAACAACUUAACACAGUGAUUGCUAUCAGGAUGUGAGGAGACUUUUAACCAGCAUAACUUAAAAUGUUUCAGGAUCAAAUCUUACCCUACCUUUAAGCUAACAGAGUAACGCAUUAUACCCCCAGCUCAUGUCUCUCAGUUUAUCAGUAGUCUUCCUAUACUUUAUGGGCUAGUAGUGAUGCCAUAAGAUAACAUAGAUUGUGCGAUAUUGCUUUAUCAUAAUGACAAGUGCUCAUUGUGGGAGAAGGGGGCCAAAUACAUCUCUAUUUAUGAAGCUAAAUGAGGUGAACAGUACAGAAAUUGAGGUAAACAGAUCUGGAUCAAAAGUUACAAAAUCUACUAAUCCAGCAUCAAGUUGUUAUUGCUGCUAUUGAAGUACAGGGGCAAUGAUUGGUUGCUAACAACAUAGCUAAUGUAAUGCCUGUGAGUUGGCAUAUGCUCUCCAGUUCACACAGUUUAUAGAGUGCCGCAUGGGUGAUGUAGCUUGUAGACUAACCGGUAGUUAGCAGGACACUGAUUCCCUAACCAAAAAGCCCAUUCAUUUUUCCCAUAGACUUUUGGAUUAUAGCAAUUAACAAACUCUCUGAUUAACAAAAGUUUAUGACACUUACGUUUUGUUCAAUAAAAUAAUCUUCACACAUGAACACAACUUUUAUGCAUUUUGAAGUCUAAAUUUGUUUACUAGAAAUGAAAAGCUAAUCUUGAACUACACCACAGUCUCUCUACAUCAACGUCAUCAGUAUUAAGGAAAUACUCUGUGGAUGAAUUUUUAUUGGGAAUUAUGCCCAUGUUGUAUUGUUUUUGAAAUCUUCAUGCGUGAUGGCAUUCAAUGUCUGUAGUGUCCAUAGCAACUUGUUAGCAACCACCCUUUUAAAGACACUUAAAAGCUUUAAAUAGUCUUUGUGGGGGUAUUACUGUUGUGUUUUAUGUUAUAGAAUGAAACGUGAACAAAUCUCCUAUGUUAACACAAAACCCCAUUCACAAAACUUAUUGACUUUGGGACGAUGGAUCCGGAAGUGCUAAAAUGCUAACUCGUUUCUGGGUUUUACCUACAAAAAUAUGCAUGUGGCACUCUAGACCAUUACCUCUCAGAGCAGUUACCUGGGCCAUGAUGGGCAUCUGCUCUAACUGUAGCAGCACACUUCUUUAUUGACUUCUUUUAUUAUUAUUCACAAUGUUGAGUGACAACAGAGGCCAAAUCAUUAUGGUAACUCAAAUCCUGGAAAUGAUGAACAAUAUAUCAUAAUGACUAGUCUAAUGUAUGGAUGUAUGCAUGUACGUACAGUGAAUAUACAAACAUAAAUGUACACAAAACUUUUACCUUUGUUUUAUUGGUAUAUUUAGCAUUAUUGUAUGUAGUUUUAGAUCAUAUUGGGAGGAUCUGAACUAGUGGCUAAGCCAGAAGGGUUUCCCAGUAUGGAAAAACUGCACCAUUGUGCACUGUAUUAUACUUUUACCAUUAUUUAAAUUGUGUUAGGCUAUAAUAUAUAUUUUUUACUUUAAUUGACAAUUAAUUGAUGUAGUUUGCAAAUAUAGUCUUCUGCCAUUCUCCUCUACCAGCUAAACUGCUACAUAGGUGAUCGCAUUUACAUUUAUUCAUUUAGUUUUGUCCGAUUUAAAUUAGAAAUGAUGAAUACAAGCAAAUCGGCUUAUGAGGAGGCAGUAGCAGCAAUACAUGGUUUGAAUCAUUGUCUAGAACUUUAAAAGCAAGGAGAGGAGUAGAUGUGAAAGAUAUUUUGCUUUUAUUUUAGAAAUAGUUAGGAGGAUGCAGUUAAAGAGUUUCAGAAUGAAUGUAGACCGUGUCUAAGAACUGAAAUGAAAUUCUUAUUGACGUUCUAAGAAUCCACUUUGAACUUCUAAGAAUCAAACAUUUUGAUAACAUUCGUGAAAGUCAUUUUAAUGUUAGCUACAACUUAAACUGCUUUUGGUGUUGUGUUGAAAUAGUUUAAAACAAGCAGGUUCAUGAAUCUAUGACACCACAGUUUUGAAAUGGUUUAGUCACUAUAGUUUAUAUGCAAGAAACCAUAUGAAAAUAAGGAAUCUGGCAGGCCUCAAGUAGAGGCCUUCUAUAGUUUGGUCUCAGUCAAGGCAAGCCAAUUGUUUCAAACUUAUUUUAUUUCCUCUCAGAGGGUAAAAUAAUAUAGGUUUUGUUGAUUACAAGGCAUUGUAAUCGUUACUUUUUACUUUUUUUGUGAAUUGUUUAAUAGUUCUAAAUUGGAUCUAAAUUCAUUCAUGUUUUUUAAUAUAAAUUGAAAUAUAAAUAUCUUUUUACAUCCACAUUAUGGUGAGUUUUUAUAAAUGGAAAAAAUAUUAUUGCUAAUAAAUAUAUUACUAAGCACAAAGCCUCAGUAAUUACUGACGUUACAUAGAACGUAACAUUUUACGUCCCCACCGUGACUAUCCCCUCCCCCACCCCGCUGGAUUCACACCUGCGACACGGGCUGCGAGAUACUUCAGACACAGCGCGCUGCAGAGGAGAGAAGAUGUCUAAGGAUAAUGAAGAUGAAACUAGUUACAAGUCAUCUACGUAUGGCAGCUCUGGAUGUACAGUGGAUGAUCUGACAGAUGGUCCUGAAAAGACAACUACGAUAGAUGGUCCUGAAAAGAAGACAAAGGCUCAAAGCCAUCACCUGAGUCGCCUCCAAAAACUUAGAGCGCAUCAGAAUGUUUGUGAAGAUCGAUACUUGAAGGCGCAAACAAAAAUUUUAAAAGAUGAACGUGAAAAAACUUUAUUUUUACAUCAGCGCAUGACAACAAAGUUCAACACACGCACAACAGAAGAAUCCCCUUCAAAUUCAGAGUUGAGUGAGGAUGAAUAUAUACCAGAGACAGAGGAAGAAUCGGACUCUGAAUCAGAGGGUUUAGCAGAACAUAAGAUCAAACUGCAUAAGAGAAGAAAGGUUAAGUCAAAAACAACAAGAGCUCAAUCUUGUAAAAAAAGGCGUGUGACAUGUUCUAGUUCCUUGUCUACCAGUGGCACCAAAGAAUCCUCUUCAUCUGAUGAACAUGAAGGGAGAGAAUGCUCUUCACCUGAAAAAAAUGACACCCAACAAUCCUCUUCAUCUGAUGAACAUGAAGGCAGAGAAUCCUCUUCACCUGAAAAAAAUGACACCCAACAAUCCUCUUCAUCGAAUGAUCAUGCAAGCAGAGAAUCCUCUUCGCCUGAUAAUUCUGAUGUGACUGUCAUGAUGCUAAAGAAAAAAACUGAUGACCGCAGACUAUACAACAAAAAGUCCUACUGCUUUUUUUGUGCUAAACCAUUCAGUAAAAUGGCACGUCAUUUGGAAUCGCAGCACAAAGAUAAGCCAGAGGUGGCAAGAGCUGUUGCAUUUCCGAAAGGAUCUAAAGAGCGAAGAUUACAGCUGAUUUUAUUGAGAAAUAAAGGAAACCGUUGUCAUAAUACUGAGGUGAUUAAAGAAGGAAAAGGAAUGGUGAUACCCCGACAGCAAUCCAAGGCACCAGUAAGAGCAAGUGAUUACUUGCACUGCGUAAACUGUGCGGCGUACCUGAAGAGAAGAUCAUUAUGGAGGCACAUGCAGAGAUGCCAUCUAAACCAGAAAGUCAAAGGAAUGAAGCCAGGAAAAACUCGAGUUCAGUCCCUUUGCAUGUAUACUGAACCAGUUCCAGAGAGUGUGAAUGCACGUUUUUGGAAAAUGGUGCUUGAAAUGCAUGAGGAUGAGAUAACAAAUGUUGUCCGCAAAGAGAAGGUCAUCUUAAAAUUAGGGCAACAUCUCUUCAAUAAGCAUGGCCAUGAUGUCACAAAACAUGAAUAUAUCAGACAAAAGAUGCGUGAGACAGGGCGCCUAGUCCUCCAAGGAAAAAAGAACGGCAAGUUGAAGGAGGUUUCAGAUUUCUUCAUCCCUGCCAAUUUCCCUGAUGUAAUUGAAGCAGUUCACAGUGUGGCUGGCUUGAAUGAGGAGACGAGCACAUUCAAAGCACCAUCUUUAGCGCUGAAGUUGGGACACAACCUCAAGAAGAUGGCCAACAUUACUGAAUGUGAGGCAAUGAUGUCAGAUGAUAAAAAUGCCCUUAGCAACGUGCAGGCCUUUAAAAAAAUCUGCGACACUAAAUGGAGUGAGUGUGUGUCAUCUCAGGCACUCCGAAAUUUGAGCGAGGCAAAAUGGAACUGUCCACAACUUCUUCCCUUUGCUGACGAUGUGAAAAAAAUGCACCAGUACCUUGACAGACAGAGUAAGGAAUACCAAGCAAAACUUGAAAAAGAACCAAGUAACAAGCACUGGGCAGAACUUGCAAAAGUGACACUCUGUCAGGUGAUACUUUUCAAUCGUAGAAGGGAAGGAGAGGUAUCCAAGAUGGCCCUUAAUGCUUUUAUAUUGAGGGAUACCUCAUCGACUCAUCCAGAUGUAGAGCUUGCUCUGUCAGACCUUGAGAAAAGACUUUGUAAGCACUUCCAGAGAAUCGAGAUAAGAGGCAAACGUGGACGAAAGGUCCCCAUUCUACUUACACCUGAAAUGAUGAAAUCAUUGGAGUUACUGGUGAACCAUCGCCGCGAGUGUGAUGUGCUUGAUGAGAAUGUAUUUGUGUUUGCGAGACCACAAGCCCUCAGCCACUUCAGAGGUUCAGAUGCUAUCCGUCAAAUAGCUCGAAGCUGUGGGGCUAAACAUCCAGAGGCAUUGUCCUCUACUAAACUGAGAAAGCACAUGGCCACGAUGUCCAAGGUCCUCAACUUGAAGGAUAAUGAAAUGGAUGACCUUGCUGACUUUUUAGGACAUGACAUCAGGGUGCAUCGGCAGUUCUACAGGCUACCUGAAGGUACCUUACAGCUGGCAAAAAUCAGCAAAGUUCUAAUGGCCAUGGAACGAGGUCAGAUAGUAGACUUCAAAGGAAAAAAUCUCGAUGAGAUCCAGAUUGAUCCAAAAGAGCGGGUACUGAUGGACAGUGAUGUAUCAGACUCUGAAAAUGAGAAAGAGAUGACUGGAAAUUAUCCUUCAAGUUCAGCAGGCAAAAACAAUAAACAACUGCAUCAGAUUGGCGAGGACUUAGAGGAACCACAUGCAACAAGCAAGAACGAUAAAAAACUGCAUCCGAUUGGCAAGGACUUGGAGAAACCACACCCAGCAAAGAAAUCUUCAAAAAACGCACGGAGAAAGUGGUCCACAGAAGAGAUCCAGGCUGUGGAAGAAACCCUGAUGGACUACAUCAGGUCUGGAAAAGUUCCUGGAAAAGCCCAGUGCAUGGAGUGCAUUGAAAGGUCCCCAGCAGCACUUCAAGGGAGAAGUUGGGAAGGGGUGAAAUUUUAUGUUAAAAAUCGCAUUGAUUCCAUGAAGCGUAAAAUGUAAAACGAUAGAGCCUUUAUCAAGAUGUUUUUCCCAUGUUUGUGGAUAGGAUCGCAUUGGUUUGUUGAAAACUUAAACUAAAAGUUAAAGGGCCUUUAUAGGGCUGGGUUAUAAUUUUAUGUUAAAAAUCACAUUGAUUCCAUGAAGCGUAAAAUGUAAAACGCUAGAGUCUUUAUCAAGAUGUUUUUCCCAUGUUUGUGGAUAGGAUCGCAUUAGUUUGUUAAAAACUUAAAAUAAAAGGUAAAGGGCCUUUAUAGGGCUGGGUGAUAUAUCACAUGUGAUUAUUUAUGCACAUCUCAUCAGUAAAGCAGUUUCCAUUAUUAGUAGUAAAUCGCUAUCACCUGCUUUCCAAAGAUCCUCUUUCAGAUGAAGCAGCAUUUACUACACAGAGACGUAGUUUCCUGACAAGCUAUGCAAUAUCACAUUAAUUAUUGUAGGUGAUACAUCCGUGAUAAUGAAUGUGAUAUUGCAUAGCUUGUUGGUAAACUACGUCUCUGUGUAGUAAAUGCUGCUUCAUCUGAAAGCUUUACUGAUGAGAUAUGCAUGAUAAUCACAUGUGAUAUGUCACCAAGCCCUAGGCCUUUAUCAAGAUGUAUUUUUCCCAUGUUUGUUGUUGGGAUGUUAAAUCAGUUAAAUAAAGAAUACUGACUAAUCAAGAGAUCUAUUUUUGUGUACUGUUACAAGCUUUUUAUAGAGAUGUAUUGCAAUAGAUCGUGCAACCCUGUUGAAUGCCAGGGAUGCAGUGUUUUAUUUUAGGAGUGGUCUCCAGUAUGGACAGAUCAUUUUUAUUUAGCAAAGGCCGUGAUACCCAUGGUGUAAUUUCCCCAUUGACAUUUCCUGUUUGUCAUACAACAUGUCUGUCUUAGUUAUCAAAGUUUGGACCUUUUCAGAUUGUCAAAAUUGAAGAAAAUUAGAUGUUAAACAGGAGUGAGGUAAG